AUGGCUAUAACAGAGUUUCUGUUAUUCGUAUUAAUAGCUGCUCUAGGAGGAAUGUUUUUAUGCGGCGCUAACGAUUUAAUAACUAUCUUUGUAGCUCCAGAAUAUUUCAGUUUAUGCUCCUAUCUACUAUCUGGAUAUACCAAGAAAGAUGUACGGUCUAAUGAGGCUACUACGAAAUAUUUACUCAUGGGUGGGGCAAGCUCUUCUAUUCUGCUACCCGUAUUGCUGAAUAGAGCCCCUACUCUGCAUAGAUUAGGCAUACAGGCAUUCCAACCCAUUUUAGUAGAAGGGCGUGCUAUUUGUUUACAUCCAUUAGUUUAUAAGGGAUUCAAUGCAGACUUUGAUGGGGAUCAAAUGGCUAUUCAUGUGCCUUUAUCUUUGGAGGCUCAAGCAGACUCACAAAUUGCAAAUAUUAAUUUGUUAAGAAUUAAUCGGAUUGAGGCUAUAGCAUCAUCAUUAGCUGGAAUCGAAAUUUUUGAUUAA